GCCGAAGCUGUGGCUGUUCCUAGGAGACAGAGAAGCCAGCCUGCGGGGGAGGGGGAGCGAGUGGGUUGCUGCUUUUAGCAGCUGAAAGGGCUGCAGGGAGCUCUGGGUAAGACAUUUUCUACCACAGUCGCUUCGCUUCUGCGGUAGAAGCUGCCGCGAGUAAGGCAGAGGAAGGAGGCUGGUGAGGGAGGAGGUCUCAGUUACAGCCAUGCUGAAUCACUGUUGCUGAUCAGAAUCCGUCACGGGGCUGCUGGGAGAACCCACAGAGCAGCGCCGGUUCCCGGGUGCAUGCACAGUUUGGUGGCUACUAACCCCGCCGGGCCUCCCAUAAUGGAGGGCGAAAGCGUCAAGCUGAGCCCUCAGCCCACUGUGCAGGCCCAGGAUGAGGAGCAGAGCCAGAGGACAGUCACUGUGAACCCUGCCCACAUGGGGAAGGCCUUCAAGGUCAUGAACGAGCUGCGAAGUAAGCAGCUGCUGUGUGACGUGAUGAUCGUGGCAGAAGACGUGGAGAUAGAAGCCCACCGUGUGGUCUUGGCAGCCUGCAGCCCUUACUUCUGUGCCAUGUUCACAGGUGACAUGUCAGAGAGCAAAGCCAAGAAGAUUGAGAUCAAGGACGUGGAUGGGCAGACGCUCAGUAAGCUGAUUGACUACAUCUACACUGCAGAGAUCGAGGUGACGGAGGAGAACGUACAGGUGCUGCUUCCGGCAGCCAGCUUGCUGCAGCUCAUGGAUGUUCGGCAGAACUGCUGCGACUUUCUGCAAUCCCAGCUGCAUCCCACCAAUUGCCUGGGCAUCCGCGCAUUCGCAGACAUGCACACUUGCACCGACCUCCUGCAGCAAGCUAACGCCUAUGCGGAGCAGCACUUCCCGGAGGUGAUGCUGGGGGACGAGUUUCUGAGCUUAAGUCUGGACCAGGUAUGCAGCUUGAUAUCCAGCGACAAGCUGACCGUCUCUUCAGAAGAGAAGGUGUUUGAAGCUGUGAUUUCAUGGAUCAAUUAUGAGAAGGAGACUCGCUUAGACCACAUGGCGAAGCUGAUGGAACAUGUCCGGCUCCCUCUCUUACCCAGGGAUUACCUGGUUCAGACAGUCGAGGAGGAAGCUUUGAUAAAGAACAACAACACCUGUAAGGACUUCCUCAUCGAAGCCAUGAAGUACCACCUACUGCCCCUUGACCAGAGGCUCUUGAUCAGGAACCCCAGGACCAAACCCCGGACUCCCGUCAGCUUGCCCAAGGUCAUGAUUGUGGUUGGUGGCCAGGCUCCUAAGGCGAUCCGCAGUGUGGAGUGCUAUGAUUUUGAGGAGGGCCGCUGGGACCAGAUAGCGGAGCUUCCCUCCAGGAGAUGCAGAGCAGGUGUGGUGUUCAUGGCUGGCCACGUUUACGCCGUGGGCGGGUUUAACGGCUCUCUGCGGGUGCGGACCGUGGAUGUGUACGAUGGUGUGAAGGACCAGUGGACGUCCAUCGCCAGCAUGCAGGAGCGCCGGAGCACGCUAGGUGCCGCUGUGCUCAAUGACCUCCUCUAUGCGGUUGGGGGCUUCGACGGCAGUACCGGCCUGGCGUCAGUAGAAGCCUACAGCUACAAGACCAAUGAGUGGUUCUUCGUGGCCCCAAUGAACACGCGGAGGAGCAGUGUGGGCGUGGGUGUCGUGGAGGGGAAGCUGUAUGCUGUUGGGGGCUAUGAUGGGGCUUCCAGGCAGUGCCUGAGCACCGUGGAGCAGUACAACCCAGCCACCAACGAGUGGACAUACGUGGCAGACAUGAGCACUCGACGCAGUGGCGCUGGGGUUGGGGUGCUCAGCGGACAGCUGUAUGCCACGGGGGGACACGACGGACCCUUGGUGAGGAAGAGUGUUGAGGUUUAUGACCCUGGGACAAACACCUGGAAGCAGGUGGCAGACAUGAACAUGUGUCGGCGGAAUGCAGGGGUCUGUGCAGUGAACGGGCUCCUGUAUGUGGUCGGAGGGGAUGACGGAUCUUGCAAUCUGUCUUCAGUAGAGUACUACAACCCAGUCACCGACAAGUGGACACUGUUGCCAACCAACAUGAGCACCGGGAGGAGCUAUGCAGGUGAGUGGGUUCCUGCUCCAGGGACCACCACACCAUGGGGGGCAGGAACAGCGUGA